GUGGCAAAUGGUGGUAAGCGUACUCUCAAUCGAAGAAAACCAGGUGCACCUCGGUUUUAUCAUUAAUGCACUGUUAAAAGUGACGUGCAUUGCAACUAACAGCCAAAGUGGCAUAUCGGCCUGUUCAUGAUUUAUACUUUCAGUUACAACCUAAACCAUGCCAACCAAGAAUAGUAUCCAUCUGAUACAAGACGAUGCUGCCAAACCUCUUAUUUAGACCUCCUGAUCCGAGGUACGAAUUGAAAGUAUAUCUACAUCUCGUUCCCACAAGCACAGCAUCAAACAGAUACAACAACAAAAUGAAAUUCCAAAGUAUUCUCGUCCUUAUCGGUAUAGUAAAUGGCAUUAAUGCCUUCCAAUACGUACUUGCAUCUUGCAAAAACGCCGAUGUAAGUGCCUCACACAUCGAAUCAACGAAAGGCAGCAUUACUCCAAUCCACCUUUUCCUCUCCCCCUUCUUCCAAAUAUAUAAUGAUCAAAUAUAUCUAACACCUUGCAUAGAAUAGCCUGCAUGAGGCAAAUACUAAGACUGCAUGUAGCAAUGCCAAAUCCACCUUCAACUGCAGCGAUUGUACAUUUGAGAUGGUGAUAGAUGGAAGCGGAAAUGGUGGACCACCAAGGCCGCGUUGCAGCAGCGAUAGGCAGCUGAUCAAUGAUGUUCAGGUAAUGAUAUCCCCCUUUCUUCGGACCUGAGAUGAACUGGAUGCUAAUUGCUUGAUUUCUUAUAGUGGGGCGAGCUUUGCAAGGCUCUUGGUAACGGAGCAGUUGGUGGCUAAAAGGACGGAGAGAGUGCUACUUCUUUCCCGACCUCAGGUGAAUCAUGCGGGAAAUGUUAGAGGGAGCUUGUGGGAUAUAAUAUCGAAGGAGGCUAAAGUUCAAGAAGAAAAUCCCUCUGCAGAAGUUCCCGCAGGACUUAGAAUACAAUCCCUUGCCUAGAAGUUGAAAAUAC